AUGGCCGACUCCAACACCGCUAGCCGCAGGCCAACCUACCCUGCUGGAACGAUUGCCAAAGUGUCAACCGACAUUCUUAACGAAACAUUCCACAACAUCAUCCAUGAUUUGGUCGCUAAAGUCCACCGCGAAGAAAAGGUGGCGCGGAUGCGCUCCGCGGUCGUGAUCGCCCGGCAAAAAGCCGAGGACGAAGCGACCGUUCCGGAUGAAACUGCAAGCAAGUCUGUGGCAGAUGCGAAAACAAAGGAGGUGAUGAUAGACGCAAACAAAUUGGCAAACACGCAUCUCGAGACUGAUGCCGCCAUCUUUGAUCAUGGGAAAGUGUUUCUAAAGGGUAACCCCAUGCACACUGUCAAAGAAAUCAUUUGCCCCGACUGUCGACUCCCUCGUUUAUCCUACCCUCCAGUGGGUACCGGGCAUUGUCCUCCGCCUGACCCUAAACGCGAGUAUUGUCACAAUGGGCCGAUGAUCACCCUCCCUGGCCAUGAUGUUCAUGGCAAAUUGUUCGCUGUCAUGCCGAACCCGAAGAAGAAGAAAUCGGACAAAGACAGCACUAUUCCAGAAAUACCAACCAGCAAGUGCCCCAUCUGUCCGCGCUAUUUCGUGAUGAACCGAGUGGCCCAGCAUUUGGAUCGCUGCAUGAACAUCUCCGGCCGUGGCAGCAGCACCCGAAAUAAAACCCCAACCGAUAGUGGAGCCAGCGGUGCCAGCAGCCCAACAUCCUCUGCCCCGAAACGCCCGUACGAAGAGGACGAAGGUAGUCCUAGCCCAACCAAAAAGAAGAAGCUCAACGCCCCUAAGAAGAGCUCUUCUACGAAGCCGGGGCCGAGCAAACUGAAAAACUCUUUUACGGCGGAAGACCACGACGAUGAUGUCAAGAGCGAGAAUGCGGACUGA